AUGGAUACAACUGAAAAACAAGAUGAUAGUCAAGAAAUCGUUGAGGAACAGGUGAUUUUUUAUAUUUCUCAUAAAAACCGAAUACUUCAACAAUAUAUUCUUGUUUUUCAGAUGGCUGUGCCAGGAUAUGGAAAACCAGAAGCUAGUGAUUAUCCAAAUAUAAAUAAUAUCAAAGAUGAUGUGAUAGAUGAAAAUGCGAGGUAUUCACGGGAAGAUUUAAAUGUUUGUGAAACUAUCAAUAAUGGGUAUAUGUUUUAUGUAUUAGGAAAUGCUGUUUUUGCCAAAGACAUUUCGGGUUAUUUUUAUAAAUUGGACAGAUCCACAAAAGAAUUUGAGUGGUUUUCCGAUGGAUGGCUCGAAGACAAUGGUUGGUUUUCUGGGAUUUAUAUCAUCAUUUUGAAAUUGUUUUUUUUUGCAGAAUUCAGUAUUGGAGUAACUUUGCCUAGUCCUCCAACGUAUAUCAGCUUUAAUAAAGAUGGUCAUCCAGUUUUUCCAAUGAAUGAUGAUAAACCUGGAAAACCUAUUCUACCACGGACAGAAAAUGGAGAUAAGGUUUGAAGAUUUAUUAUUUUGCUUUUCAUAAUCACAAUGUAUUUUAAUUAUUUCAGAUCUUCCCUGUUGAUGAAAAAACCAAGGAACCUCUAUUUCCUCUUGAUUUUCACGGUGAGCCAUGUUUUCCAGUUGAUGACAAUGGAAAACCAAUUUUUCCGAAAAGAGAAGAUGGCCGUGCGAUUGUUCCGAUCGAUUCAAACGGUAAGUAUUUAGACUAUUGACAUUUUCGUGGAAUUACAGUGCGUUUCAUAAUGAUAGGUUCACCCCCAAAAUUUCUGAAAUCAGCCGAGGUGUGAGUUGUAAUAACAAUCCGAGUUAAAAAUAAAAAAGAGCACACAAAAUUAGCUAAGAAAACUCAAUUUUAUCUGAAACUACCAAAUAAUAAAAAAAUAAAUGACCGGAGUUCAAAAAUUUCAAAAAAUUUAGCGUUUCAAAACGAUAGGUUCACCCGCAGUAGUACUGUAGUUAUGUUUCGUGGUAGGAGUUUUAUCGAAUAUUCUGGAAAAUACGAGUGAUAUUUGAUUAUUUUAACGUGUUUCUGUUUUUGUUCUCGUUUUUUCACGUCAUUCAUCAAUGUCGCGGGGAAGUCAUCUUACAAAAGAGGAACAAGCUCAAAUUAGAGCAUUCAAAAUCGCCGGAUGGUCCAAUAGAAUGAUUUCGUCAAAAUUGAAACGAUCUCUCAACUGUAUUAAUCAAUUUGUCAACAAUCCGGAUCACUAUGAGCGAAUGAAAAACACUGGAGCUCCCAAAAAACUCACGGAGAGAGAUAAACGAGGGAUUGUUAGGUUGGCUUCGAACACAAUGAAAUCGUGUAAUGACAUCAAAAACGAGCUGGGUUUGAAUAUCAGUAAGACUACAGUUUGGAGAGCCAUAGACCAAUCCCCAGAAAUCGUUCGAGCCAAAUUGGUGCCAGCUCCGCGUCUCACACUUCGCCACAAAGACAACCGUCUUACUUUCGCAAAAGCCAACAUGGCCACAGAUUGGGAUAAGGUAAGUAAUUUUUCUAAAAACAUCAAAUAUUGAUGUUUUCUUGUUCAGAUAAUUUUUUCUGACGAAAAAAAGUUUAAUCUUGAUGGUCCGGAUGGUUACAACUCAUACUGGCAUGAUAUCAGAAAGGAUCAACUUCGCUUCCCAAAGAGAAAUUUUGGAGGAGGACGGGUUAUGUGUUGGGGCGCAUUUUCUGCAGCUGGAACGUUAAAAAUAGCUUUUGUUUCAUUCAAGAUGGAUUCGUUAGAUUACCAAAAAACCCUCCAUGACUAUCUUUUGCCAUAUUUGAGGCGGUUCCGGACCAGAAAGUUCACUUUUCAACAGGAUAAUGCUGCCAUCCACGUCAGCCAAUCAUCAAAAGAUUGGUUCAAAAGCCACAAAAUCAAAGUUUUGGAUUGGCCAGCGUGUUCUCCUGAUCUUAAUCCGAUGGAAAACGUAUGGGGGGAGCUCGUUCGCCGAGUUUAUGCUCAAGGAAAAAAAUAUGAUACUGUGGACCAACUCAAAGAUGCCAUCGAGACGGAAUGGAAUAAAAUCGAUAAGAACUACCUCAAGAGACUUGUUGACUCGAUGCCAAAUCGUCUCUAUGAUGUCAUUUCUAAACAUGGAGGUCCAACUAAGUAUUGAUUUUCGAUUAUAUGUCUCCAAUGGGAAUUCUGGAUUAGGUGAACCUAUCGUUUUGAAACGCUAAAUUUUUGAAAUUUUUGAACUCCGGUCAUUUAUUUUUUUAUUAUUUGGUAGUUUCAGAUAAAAUUGAGUUUUCUUAGCUAAUUUUGUGUGCUCUUUUUUAUUUUUAACUCGGAUUGUUAUUACAACUCACACCUCGGCUGAUUUCAGAAAUUUUGGGGGUGAACCUAUCAUUAUGAAACGCACUGUAUUACUUUUUUUGCUAGUGAACUUGAGGAAUCGACUGGAAACUAAGGUAUCAAAUAAUUAAGAAGAUCAAUCCAUUCAACAUUUUUAAAGUUUUAGCGAGUCUUCGGCUGUUUUGGGUCUUCUUUGCCUAUCUUGAAUUGAAAUUUCCACAAGUGAAACGCCAGUUUUUAGUCUUGUUAUAAUUAUUGAUUGUUUUUAGGUGUUGCGGUAUUUCCAAGAGAUAUUAAUGACAAAGUUAUAUUUCCCGAAGGACCGAAUGGUCAACCAAUUCCACCAUGCACAAUCUAUGGAAAUGCGAUAGUUCCAUUCAAAGAAAAUGGUAUUUUGAUUAAUUUUUUCUGCUAUUAAUAAUGUGAUAACUAUUUGCAGGCGAACCUGAUCUUCCUGUGGAUUCUCGAGGAAAUCCGCUGAUUUAUCUUGGCGGAGAUGAUGGAAUGACACCAAUGACUGAAGAAGAAUAUCAACAAUGGCAAUGUACUGCGGCUAUUUAUGGACAACAACAAACAUUUUCCAAAGAUUAUUAUGAGGAGAUGGCUCAAAAUGAACAGAUCCUCGAAGCAUAUAGAAACUCAUAUUAUGUUAGUUUUGGGGGGGAAACAUCUAGGUUUCUAUGACAACUAUUGGGACCAUGAUCCUCUCCGAGGCUCCCCAAGCUUUUUUAAAAGAUAAAAUUAUUUUUUUCAGGAUCAAUAUUACUCGCCUGGUCAAGAUUCUCAUACUCAACCUUCUCAACCACCAAAAGUUGUCGAAAAAUCAGAAGCUGAAAUCGAAAAAGAGAAAAAGCGCAAAUUAUUGGCAAUGCAAAUGAAAUCAUUCAAAAAAGCGAAAGGAUUGACGGUUGAAAAUCGAGAAAGCACUCCAAAUGACGAGAAAAAGAGCUUAUCUACGACACCAGCUUCUACUACUUUAUCAGUUCCAACAAAUCGACCAGCAUUGCCAAAUAAGGAAAAAGAACGAGGAGAAAGAUAUAUUCCUGAAAGUAUUGUGAGAAGGCGACGAGAAAAUAGCAGUGAACGUAGCAGGUUGGAUUUUUGAUUAGUUGAAAUUAGAAAUAUUUCAUGACGUGGCAAAAUUUGACUAUUCUCAGCAUUCUAAUUUCGUCUUCAAAUUUUGAUAAUUCUGAAUUUAUGAAAGUGUAAAAAUUUCAAAAAAAAAAUUCUUAUGUAUUCUGAAAUCACGCUUAUUCGAUUUGAUUUGAUCUAAUUUGCCACGUCAUAACUCAUAUUCAAAAUCUUUUUGAUAACCUAUACAUAAUUUUUCAAAAAAAAAAUCAUUAGUUUAAAAAAUUUCCCUUUGUCUGAAAUAGUUUCCCAAUGUUUCACAAACACACAACAAUUCUCGAGAUUUUCGCAUUUUCGGUUAUAAAAACAUAACGAUCAUUCUCACAUUCCAAAUGGUCGUUAAUUCAAUUUUGUAGACAAUUUUCUAUCUAUCAUACGUUGCUUAUACCAAAUUGUUUAUAUUUUUCAUUCUUUCCGUUUUUUUUCUCUUUUCCAAAUAAUAGUUUUUUUAAAAUUUUUAGGCAAAAAAUGAAUAAAAUGGUAAUUGAUGGGUGAGAAUUUAAGGAAUUCAAAAAAUUUCUGAAAUUAAUCGAUUUUUAUUGCAGAUACGCUUCAAAUCGAGAUGACAAUCGUAGUGCAUGGCGUGGGAAUGGAAGAAAUGAUUAUCAACGGAAUGAGAGAAGUGCGUCGAAUUAUAGAAAUGGAAGAAGCACAUAUCGUAGAAGGUCUCGCUCGAAAUCGAGAUCACGAUCAAAAUCGAACUCGGCAUCGCCAUAUCGAUUGAGGAGAGAAAGGUAAGGAUUUGGAGCUAUUUUCACGAGGAGCUCAAAUUCUGCAUGAUUCAAAGCAAACAUUCUGAUUUUCUAAGUUGGAUAAAGUUCUUCAUCAUAUUUUUAAACCUCAUGAAAUUUAUCCAACUGAAUGCUUCGAAUUAGCUCACAGCACAAUCCUUUGAAACUCAAAUAAUUUUGAAACGUAUUCUUGGAAAGAUUAUUUUCAAACUCUCAUUUGCCUCAAAACUCUAUUUUUAAUCCCUUCAUUUUCCAGAUCUCCCUCAAAAACCCGAGUUCGUAGACGACGAUCUUCUACAAGAUCUAGAAGUAGAUCUGCAACAUAUUCCGAUGAUGAAAGAACAGUUCGGAGAGCCAGAGCCAGGUUAGAAAUACAUUUUUUCUUUUUCGAUUCAUAAUAUUAUUUUUUCAGAUCUUCAUCUUCAAAUGCUUCUUCAUCUUCUGAUGGAAAUGAUUCACGAAAAAAAUCGGAAAAAUAA